UCCAUGCAUCAAGAAAUUGUUCUCCCACAUUAGCUAUCUACCUAGCUGCUUCUAAGAUUUUCUUCCAAACCAUCGCCAUGGCUGGCUCAGCAAAUAUGACCAUUUCCACAGUACUGAUAGGUCUAGUGGUGGCAAUGGCAACUACUUUUGUUCCACAAGCAGAAGCCAGGGCUUUCUUUGUGUUCGGAGAUUCACUGGUUGAUAAUGGCAAUAACAAUUACUUGGUCACCUCCGCACGAGCAGACUCACCACCUUACGGCAUCGAUUAUCCAACUCGUCGACCAACCGGCCGCUUCUCCAAUGGCUUAAACAUUCCUGAUUUUAUCAGUCAACAACUUGGUUCGGAACCCACACUGCCUUACCUAAGUCCCCAGCUAACUGGUCAGAGGCUACUGGUUGGUGCCAAUUUUGCUUCAGCUGGAAUUGGGAUCCUCAAUGACACUGGAAUUCAGUUUCUGAACAUAAUUAGAAUGUACAGACAAUUGGACUACUUUGAGCAAUACCAGAGGCGUGUUGCAGCUCUCCUCGGAGCUCAGCAAACUCAGCAACUUGUAAAUGGAGCACUGAGCCUCAUUACAGUCGGCGGGAAUGAUUUCGUUAACAACUACUACUUGGUGCCUUUCUCAGCAAGGUCACGCCAAUUCCGGCUCCCUGAUUACGUGAGGUAUCUCAUCUCCGAGUACAGGAAGAUUCUAAUGCGACUGUAUGAUCUGGGAGUACGUCGGGUUCUCGUAACCGGGACAGGUCCAAUGGGUUGUGUGCCAGCAGAAUUGGCGCAGAGAAGCACGAAUGGGCAGUGCGCGGUCGAGCUACAGCGAGCAGCUUCCUUGUACAACCCUCAACUCACUCAAAUGCUUGGACAACUCAACAAUCAAUAUGGCGCGGAUAUCUUUAUUGCUGCUAACACAGGGCAAAUGACAGCUAACUUUGUUGACAAUCCUCAAGCAUAUGGAUUCGUGACAUCAAAGAUAGCAUGUUGUGGUCAAGGACCAUACAAUGGUCUGGGGCUAUGCACACUAGCUUCAAACUUGUGCCCUAACCGUGACCUCUAUGCAUUUUGGGACCCAUUCCACCCAACGGAAAGGGCAAACAGUAUUAUUGCUCAGCAGAUUCUCACCGGAGACGCUACCUAUAUGCACCCCAUGAAUCUGAGCACCAUCCUGGCCUUGGACUCAAGGACCUAGAGAAGAGAACCAAGCACAUCCUUUUCGAAACUUCGUUUCCGUCCUACCAUAUUAUGUCAUUAUUAAUUUAUGUUGUUUCCAGUGGUUUCCAAGGGAAAUGUAUGGUGAUAUAUUGUUUUAAGUGUCUUGAAAUUGGGAUUUUAUCAGAAUGAUUAAAUUAAGGUGGACAUGUAUGUUUUA